AUGAACCAAUCCUUGGAGGAAUCACCGUUGCUGGAUACGUCGUUGACUCGGGACAAAAUGGAGAAGUGGGUGGCCGCGCAAGCCAGAGGGGAGAAGAUCGAGAUCGACGUUUACGGGAAGCCCACCGAACAGCAAUUAAGGGAAUUGGAGAACGUGAGGAACCUGAGUAAAGAGCUACAGGAUAAUUUACAUGAAUUGGAGAACGGUGUUCGUAACGCGGACAGCGAGAACGACGCGAUGAACCCCAUCGCCCCCAUCUUGGACUAUUCGGACGACCACGAGUUCGUCUCCGCCAACCAGCUGGACGACUAUUACGCUGAAGAGGACAAAGCGGACGCGCGGGAAGAGGAGCGCAGGAAACUGACAAAGGAUGGCAGGAUAAGUCUCAAGGCGAGUCGCAUAGCAGAAAAAGUGGUGCUU